GCCAUUCCGAAAAUGCCUCAGCGCUUUAAAUUUCGUCAAUUUUGAGUGAAAAAAAAGUAAUUAUUGAAAUAAGUACAAGAAAAUAAAAGAAAUACCUCAACAUGGAUCCGGAAGCCUUUUUAGACAUCGCCAAUCAGGUGGUGAAGCUCAAAAUGUUUCCGUAUUUUGAUAUAGCCCAUUGUACCUUGUGUGCCUUGUCAGUUAGAGAAGACCUUGGAAGUGGAGCUCAAGCAUUUUCCCGUAAACACCCAUUAGCAUGUUGGUUGUCCUACAUGUUGGUGGUUUUUGCCGGAGGUAUGGUUGCCAACGGACUCCUCGCAGAACCGAUUUUAGCCCCUUUGAAGAACACGCCUCAAGUACUAGUAGCGACAGCAGUUUGGUACGUAGUAUUUUACACUCCGCUGGAUUUGGGAUACAAACUAGCCAAGUUCCUACCCGUUAAAAUAAUAUUUUCGGCGAUGAAAGAAAUCUACAGGUGUAAGAAAGUGUACGACGGAGUGACGCAUGCCGCAAAACUGUAUCCCAACGCCUACCUCGUUAUGGUGAUAAUUGGAACGAUCAAAGGCAACGGAGCCGGUUUUACAAGACUCAUGGAGAGGUUGAUCAGAGGUGUUUGGACACCCACAGCGAUGGAAUUCAUGCAACCAAGUUUCUACACAAAGGCCUGCUUAGUAGGCUCCAUAAUAUUUAUUCUAGACAAAAAGACAGAACUGAUAUCGGCUCCACACGCCUUAGUCUACUUUGGAAUCGUGAUAUUCUUCGUCUACUUUAAAUUAUCGUCCAUUAUAUUGGGCAUUCACGAUCCCUUCGUUCCAUUCGAAAAUCUCAUGUGUGCGUUAUUCUUCGGAGGCGUGUUCGAUACAUUGGCCAAGGUCUUCGGUAGAGGACAGCUCAAGGAAGGAGAAAAUAAAGACGUCAAAAAAACUAAUUAAUAGUUCUCGAUGUUACCACGAAGAAAUAAAUUUAAUAAUAGUGCGGAUUAUUAAGUUUGUUUUGCUGUGAUUUACCCUCAUACACAUCAACGAACUGUUAUUAUCAUAUCAUUAAAGUGAUCAUUGUACCAAAACAUUUAUUUAAAUAAAAUAUUGUUACCUUUA